AUGACAACCUCACAGUAUGGGGCUUUUUUGCCUCGACAUCUCAAGGGAUACUUAUGGAUUAGCUUUCUUGUCGCAGUAUUCAUUGUUAUGGGAUUGAGCGAAAACAAUGUUCUGUUUGUUAACAGAUCAGCAAAUUGGGAUGCGACAGAUGGCGGUCCAUUACUACAAGAUUAUUCUAUAAAUCUGGAUGUACCGUCUACAACUCCUUUAGCAUCCCCGCCAAUCAACGAUGACAAUAGCUAUAUAAAGCCGGUAGCAGAAGAACCAAGCAGGAUCCACAGUAGCACGUGUCUCGAUCCGAAAGAUGUCGUUAUUUUGGUCAAGACUGGUGCUACGUCCAUUUGGAGGAGGAUGCCUAUGCACAUGUCGACCACAUUGGGCAACAAACAACGUACUCCCAACGUCGUCUACUACUCUGACAUCGCGGACAAUAUCAAUGGAAAUCCGGUCAUUGAUUCUCUCGCAAAUGUAUCGGCAACUCUGAAAGCAUCGCCUGACUUUGUACUCUAUAACAAAGCCAAAGAAGUUCUCAACGACAACUUGUACCAAGAGAGUGCAGGCAUUGAGGGAGAUUCGUACUUACCGGGUGGCUGGAGAUUAGACAAAUACAAGUUCUUGCCCAUGUUUCAACAUGCUGCUAUUCAUCACCCUGGCAAGAAAUGGUAUGUGUAUAUGGAGGACGAUAACUAUUUCUUUUGGGAGACACUUUAUGCAUGGCUUUCGACUUUAGACCACACAUCUCCUCUUUUGAUUGGAUCACCAGCGUUUAAGAUGGGCGAAGAUUUUGCUCAUGGUGGAUCUGGAAUCGCUGUUUCUGGAAAGGCUAUGGCAACUUCAUUUGGUGCAGAGAAGACUCUGGCUGACAAGUACGAAUUUUAUGCGAAGGAUCAUUGCUGUGGAGAUCAGGUACUUUCCCAUGCCAUGAAAGAGAUGGGCGUAGAGCGAUUUAAUGAAUUGGAUGGAGGUGGAUGGGCUGCCUUGCAGUCCCUUCCAAUAUGGAGAAUUGGUUUUGGUGACUGGAACUGGUGUUCACCACUCAUGAAUAUCCAUAAAGUCCACCAAGCGGAUAUUUCCCAAUUGUUCGUUUUUGAAAACCAGUUCAUGCAAGAGACGAAAGGAAAGGGACGCAUACGUUAUCGCGAUGUUUUUAAACAUUUCUUUGCUCCGAAACUAGUUGCUGCACGUUCAGAAUGGAAUAAUUAUGCAUCAGUCAAAUCAUUUUCAUCGACGAAAGAUUCCUGGUCGCCCGAUUUAAAGGCGUUAACUGCAGCUCAGAAGAAUGAAAGACCAUGGGCAUCGAAGGAAAAUUGCAAAAAGGCUUGUGUAGACUGGGAUGAAUGUUUGACCUGGAAGUAUCAAGAUGACGAUUGCCAUCUCAGUCACACUGCGGCGAUAGGAGCGAAGGCUAAUGAGGGUGUUUAUAUGGAAAGUGGGUGGAUGGUGGAUAGAAUUAGGAAGGUUCUUGAAAAGAAGGAAUGUGGUGCUUUGGAUUUCUAG